AUUUAAGCCAAAAAAGCCAGAAUCCGAAGCCCAAAAAAAAGGAAAGAGAAGCGCCCCCUCCCUCCUCUGGGGAGGGGGUGGGGUGGGGUGUGGAAAGAGGCGUGGAAGGUGCCACGUGGGCGGGACGUGUGGAUGUGAAAGUGAAAAUGAAGGGCUGCCUGCUUUAGGGUAACCUCCGCGCCAUUUCGACUUCUGAGCGCCCCGCAACGUUACCGCCAUGGCCAGAUCCUGCACCAUCCGAGUCAGCCAAGAGACCCGUGAAAAGAUGGGCCUUUUCAAAGAGUCUCUUUAUAAAGAGGGCGAAGAAUUUCUCUCCAAAUUUUUGCCAGCAAAAAUAUUACAGUUGGAUCAGUUCUUGAGGGAUGACUCAAUGAAUGUUAAAGAUUUAGCUGCACUCCGAACCCCUCUGGAUAUCCCCAUUCCAGACCCCCCACCCAAAGAUGAUGAGAUGGAGACAGAGAAGGAAACCAAAGAACCACCAAAAUGUGGCUACCUCAAGGGUAACGAGGCUAUUAUUUCGCUGUUGGAUCAGGUCAAGCCUGAAGUUAGAGAGUUCAAGGAGAAAUGCAUAUUGGUUACAACUUGGAUUCAGUACAUGAUUCCCAAAAUAGAGGACGGCAAUGAUUUUGGGGUAGCUGUCCAGGAGAAGGUUCUAGAACGUAUCACAGCCCUGAAGACCAAGGCAGAGGCCUUCCAGACCACCAUUGCCAAGUAUUUUUUAGAGCGUGGAGAUGCUGUGGCUAAGGCUUCCAAGGACACCCAUGUGAUGGAUUACCGGUGCCUUGUUCAUGAACGCGAUGAGGCUGUGUACAGGGAAAUCCAGACCAUGGUGCUUGACAUCCGUGGGUUCUAUGCUGAGCUGUAUCACAUCCUGAGCAGAAACCUAGAGAAGUUGACUAAUCCCAAGGGGGAAGAGAAGCCAUCGAUGUACUGAUGGGAAUCUGUCUGCAGAGCCUGUGGCAAACAUCACCACCCUUCGCCCUUAUCUUGGACUGUUCUCUGUCUUGGGACAGAAAAAUAAUGGGGGUAUAAAGAGGGAAGCAGAGAGACCCAAAAGCCAAUGAGUAUAGCUCAUCUGUGGCUAGGAGUGAAGAACCGAGUGAAAGAUACUUUAACUAUUUUAUUUUAAUUGGUUUUGCUUUAUCUUAAGAGUUCUAAAAACCUGAAUGGAAUUGGAGCUGGAGAAAUAAUGAAUUCCCUCUUUGAGGCUUUCUCUAGCUAGGUCCCCCCACGUGCACACACACAAUUGUUGCUUUCACUACUGUGAAACCUGAUUCUCAAAUUUCUCACCCUCUCUCCCUGAUCAGUACUAGUCAGACUCUAGUCUCUCCUUUGUUCUCAAGAUCAACAUACAGAGCCAAGGAAGCCAGUAACUGAGGCGUGAAGUAAAAUGAUUUUGAUCUUUUGCUCUAUGUUUCUGUGUCUGAGGAAGGACAUGGUGUUUGAAAGCUUGUAAUGCUGUAAAAGGCCUGUUGGCGUAAUAAAAAAAGGGCCUCA